AUGGCUUCCGGAGGGCGGCAUGCGCCGCAGAACUCGGCCUCGGAGGUGAGAUCCUCCCGGCGUCCAGGUAAGAGUUCGGACGAAAGUCUAGGCGAAAUGGCCCAUCGCUGUCCUUUCCCCACGCGGCCGUGGAACGUCUCUCUCCCCGCCGCGAUCCGGAAAAGUUUCUCGGAGGCGUGCCUGCGCGAUGCGCUCCGGCUCCCCGUGCCUUCGUGGACCAGAUCCGUGCGGGCGGGAAUGCGGGCUCGGCCAGCUGCAGGCCCCGACCCCGCCGCAGCUGGGGGGCUGCCGUCCGCACCAUCUACGCAGCCCCCAGUCCCCAGCCCGCCCAGGCUCAUGCAGAAAACCUGGGGAGACUUCCCGGAUCAGCGCUGGCUGCUCGCCUACCUGACGCAGGCCCAGGGCCGCGAGGCGCGUCUGUGGCGGGGUGGCCAACUCCAGCAGGCGGAGAUUUGCGAAGCCUUCAGAGAAGUUGUGUUGUGGCUCCUGAGAGUGGAGAACAUCUUUGACUUCUCUCAGAACACUUUUAGCCUGGCUCUCACUAUCUUCAGCCGCCUCCUUGUUUCAGUAAAGAUAAAAAAGCGUUUACUCCAUUGUGUCACAAUUACUUCCUUGAGGCUUGCUACAAAAGCUAAUGAAGAAGAGGAGUUAAUUCCACAUGUUAAAGACUUCAUAAAGCAUUAUGGCUCUGGCUAUUCCCCGAAUGAGCUCCUCAGGAUGGAGCUGGCUAUUUUGGACAAACUGCACUGGGACCUCUACAUCGGGACACCGCUGGACUUUCUGUCCACAAAGUGA